GUUAUACAGCGCGUCAAGUCGGCAUCCGUCACUGUCGACGGGGCGCUGAUCUCCUCCAUCGGCAAAGGCGUCCUGGUCCUGGGCGCCAUCGCCAAAGACGACACCGCAAAAGAUGUCGAGUCCAUGGCCGGGAAGGUCCUGAAGCUGAAGCUGUGGGAUGAUGACGAAGGCGGCCGCUGGAAGCGGAGCGUCAUGGAUAUCGGAGGAGAGGUGCUGUGUGUCUCUCAGUUCACCCUUCUCGCCUCCACCAAGAAAGGGAACAAGCCAGACUUUCGUCAGUCUGCGGCAGGUGUAAAAGCAAAAGAGCUCUAUCAGGCCUUCUUCAAGAAAGUGCAAGAGCUACACGAGCCAGACAAAGUCAAAGAUGGCAUAUUCGCCGCCAUGAUGGAUGUCACACUAUGUAACGAUGGGCCGGUCACCAUCCAGAUCGAUACGGAUCCUCCUAAGAUGGAAAGCCCGAGCGGCCUAGACAAGGUGGACUUGGACCCGGACUUGGUGGGCAAUCUCACUAAGAUCGUAAAGGAGUUCCAAAUACCAGCGGAGCUCCUCGAGUAG